GCUGACAGAAGACCACAGUCGUCCCCAUAGAGACAGGCUCCGACAACAGGGCUGCCCGUUAGACCCGCUACCCCUCUGUCUCUGUCUCUGUCUCUCUCUGAGGCGAUGGCAGCGACACUAUGAAACCACCGGCUCUUGUACGUUGAUAAUUUCCUCGAAAACAUACAUCCGGAUGGUUGCCAAACAGAUUUUUUAUUAUUGGAUUAACGACCAUCAGCCGCCAGCCAGCUUUAUCCUGAGAGGCCGGAGAUUUCGUGUCGCCGUGCAGGGAGGAGUCCCUCCGUUAUUUGACCGUUAACACCCGAAGCCAUCAUGUCGGCGUUUUAACAACACAUCUCAGACACUAAAAAGCCUUGAGAGGACCCAAUGCAGUCUUAGAGGAUGAAUGUGGAGGUGAGUGCUGGCAGGGACAGCACCAGGAGGAGAGCAGCGGCCGCAGCAGCAGCAGCAGCGGCGGCGGCGGAUGAUGCUGGUGGAGGAGGCAUGGAGGCUCAGGUUGUACCGCUGGAGCUCUACGACUCUGCAAGAGCCAAAAUAGACGCAAAUCUCCGCUGGCUGUUUGCCAAAGCCUAUGGUAUAGAUCACAUCCCUGCAGACCUGCGGGACCCCUUUUAUACCGACCAGUAUGAGCAGGAACACAUCAAGCCCCCCAUCAUCCACCUGCUGCUGUCUGGAGAGCUUUACUGCCGGGUGUGUGGGCUCAUCCUGCACGCUGAGCAGGCCGCCUCACUCCAAAGCCAUCAGUCUGUUAUCCAGGCCCUGUCCAGGAAAAGCAUCUAUGUCCUGCAGAAAGACAACAUGCCUGUCUCUGAUAUGGACCUCAGCUCGGCUCCCAUCAAGAUGAGCUCCCACAUCCACCUUAUUGAUGCCCUGAUGAUGGCUUAUAUAGUGGAGAUGAUCAGCAUAGAGAAGGUGGUGUCCAGCGUUAAGCGAUUUUCGAACUUCAGUGCCUCCAAGGAGCUGCCUUUUGACCUGGAAGACGCUAUGGUCUUUUGGAUCAACAAGGUGAACAUAAAGAUGAGGGAGAUCAUGGAAAAAGAGCUGAAAAUGAAGCAACAUCUGCUGGAGUCUCCCAGCCACCAGAAGUCUCCCUCCAAAUGGUACUGGAAGCUUGUACCUGUGCGUUACCGCAGAGAUCACCUGUCAGGUCGAACAUUUCAGCACUUCCCUCUGCUGGACGACCUGUUGAAGGAUGUGUGCGACGGCACGGCUCUGCUGGCUGUGAUCCACUUCUACUGCCCAGAACUCAUUAGACUGGAGGAUAUCUGUCUGAAGGAGGUUCCCUCUAUAGCAGACAGUGUGUACAACAUCCAGCUACUGAAAGAGUUUUCGAAUGAAUACCUGAACAAAUGCUUCUAUCUGACACCUGAGGACAUGCUGUAUUCUCCACCAGUACUAAAGAAUAAUGUGAUGGUCUUUAUUGCUGAGCUCUUCUGGUGGUUUGAGAGUGUGAAGCCAGAGUUUGUUCAGCCCAGGGACCUUCAAGAAAUCAGAGAUGUGAGAUUGCUGCUGCAGCCUAAGAGUUCACGGCCCCAUGUUCCCAUCUCCAAUGUCACUAAGCGUAGUUUCCUGACAUCAUCGAACUCUGCUGACACCUUGACCACACCCCUGAGCCCGGACCUCAGCACAAAACCAGACUCAUUAAGCCCUUCUCACUCUUUACUGCCGCUGAGACAGAGACAACAGAAAGUGGCUGAGGAAAGCACUUCAGAACUGAGAAAUAGGUCCAACUCUAUGGCGCGUACAGAUACAGGCUCAAUACUGGCCUGGCCGGAGAGGAGGCCGAGGCCUUUAUCCCAGCCGGGGCCCUACGCUCUGCAUUGUCCCCUGGAGGAUGAUGCAGACAAUAUUAGCCUAGCUCGCUCCAUCAGCAAAGACAGCUUGGCCUCCAAUAUUAUGAGCAUCACCCCAAAACACAUCCUGGGGACGUGUCCUCAACUGCCUCCACACCGACUCAGUGGUCAAAGCCUGCUUAGUCACAUGCGCAUAGAGGAUGAGGAGGAGGAAAUAGAAGAGGAGGAACUGGUUGCUGUAAUCCACCCGUCUGCAUUUUCACGGCGUCGACUUGGGAGUGACAUGGAACAGGAUGAGCUGGAAAUCCAGAGUGCGCCCUCCACGUCAAGGGUUUCUAAUACUCGUUGCUCUCCUCGUCUUGACUUGGGUCCCUUUACUCCCGACCGCCAGGCAGACAGCUACUAUCUGGAGCCUUUGAUGCCUGCCAUCCCUAAGCCAGCCAAAGAGAAGAGCAUCAGCCUGAACAAGGAGGAGGAGAGUGGUGAGAGUCGCUGUAGAGGAGCAGCAGCAGCUGCUAGGAAAGCAACCACCAAUGUCCCAAGCACCUCACAGAGGAAAUCCCCCGUAGCUGAGUCAAACAGAAGUACCUUUACGCCCAUACCUGUGGCAGACGCAUUCCCUAGCUCUCUGAGGCCACCCACAGAGGGGUCGAUAGGCAUCUCUCAGUCUGGAAACAAACAGUCCCAUGGCUUUUUCCUUCAUUUGUCAGGAGAGCCAGAGACCCAUAGUCCUUUCUCCACUGCGAUGGAGGUCGGGCAUGACUCUGACUCUGACAUUGCAGACCUUGAGGAAGAUGAGGAGGAGGACGAUCAGCUGGAGCUGACUAAAGAGGUGGUGAAGAGAGGAAAGGGAAAAUACUUAGAGGAAGGAGAGGUGUGUGAGUUUGGAGAGGGAGAUGGUGAGUCAGUGAAACUGAGAGAAGACUCGAAGGUUAGUGAGAGGGACGAUAAGGAAGACUGCAGUGGACGCUCUAGUCCUUGCCUCAGCACCAUAUCCUGGGCGAGCAGCUGCAGCGCUUCAGGCAGCACCAGUGUCAAGAUGACCAGCUUUGCAGAGAGAAAGCUCCUUAAACUUGGUCUCCGUGAUGGAUACUCAAGUACCAGCAGCUCUCAGAAGACCACACCAGAUGGCUCUGAGGUUGCGCCCUUCCCUCCCUGGCAACUGAGGAGUGACUGUACCUCUAGCUGGACAGGGAAGGAGCCUAUUUCUGUGCUGGGGAAGAAUAUGGUGGUGAGUCCCUCAGUAGUGCCUUCAGAGCUGCUGCAACUUCACAUGCAGCUAGAAGAGCAAAGACGUGCUAUUGAGUAUCAGAAGAAGAAGAUGGAGACCCUAUCGGCGCGGCAGCGACUAAAGCUAGGGAAAGCUGCGUUCUUGAACAUUGUUAAGAAGGGUGGGGGGAAGAGUGAUACACUUCCCCUGCCCCUGAAACACUCUGAAUCUGUAGAACUAGCUGACAAGAGUAGAGUGAAGCCCCAGUCCUGCAGGGAUGACUCCUGUCUUGAUGCUCUGAAGGUCCAAGCAAAGGCAGGUCAAACAGAGGGAGGGCAGAUGAAAAGAGACAACAGGUUAAAGACCCUGUCUCAGGAUAAUGUGGCUGAACCUGACUUGAAUGAGUGUUCCCACUCCAUAGAUUUACUCAAUGAAGCUAUUAGUUCCAUUCAGCACCAGAUGAUGCAGCUCUCUUUGCAGCAAGAUCUGCUGAUGAAGCGUGUGGUGUCACCUCCAGAACGUGUAGAAUCCGUCCCGAGCACAACCCCAGAUACAACCCCAGACACAACCCCUGUCAUAACCCCUGUCAUAACCCCUGUCAUAACCCCCGACACAACACAAUCAACAUCCACUACCUCAGACUCCAGAUCCUUUGCUGUUCACUUUGUAGAAAUCAGUGGCAGCAACUCUGCCCCUGCUCGCCGUCCUCCCAAGCUUAGUUCCAGCCAACGCAGCAAAGCCUCGGAGCAAAAACAUAUUCAAGACAACAGCAAGACGGCUCCUGUAAAGACCAAUGCUCAGUCCCCUAGAGAAAAUUCUGGUGGAGACCAGAAGACAGGGAGUAUUGUGGAUAGCUCCAGGCUGGAGAGAAGCAUUCAGAGAAACACCACCUUCAGAGUUGACCCCAACCAACACAGCAGCGGAGAGGGAACUGAGCAAUCCCUGGACAAAAUGCAAUCACAGGACCCACAAGUCAUCUCCAGUACAUCAAUGUCUCCCUCACAGGCUGCAGAACAAGAAGAGAACAAUGUUACCAACUCAGGGAAAGAGGCUGCGGGUGGAGAUGAGAAUACUAAGGUGAAGGGUCAACUGAUUGAGGUUGACCUAUCAGGUCAGCUUAAGGAGGAUGGCAGUGCAGAUGUUACAGACGGCACAGCAGAGGGCGAGCAGAAGAAUAUGCUGGGGUUCUUCUUUAAGGAUGAUGAGAAAGCAGAGGAUGAAAUGGCGAAACGUCGUGCUGCCUUCCUCCUCAAACUGCAACGCAAAGCUGAAGAGUCGAGACUACGCAAACAACAGCAAGAAGCCGAGAGUGAGCUCAAACGUGAUGAGGCCAGGCGUAAAGCAGAAGAGGACCGUGUUCGUAAGGAGGAGGAGAAAGCGCGACGAGAGCUUAUAAAGCAGGAAUACCUGCGGAGGAAGCAGGAGGCGUUGAUGGAAGAGCAAGGUCUGGUCAAGCCUCGCCCACGCACUAAGUCCCGCAGGAACAGGCCUAAAUCACUGCAUCGCGAAGAGUCCAACAGCCUCUCCAAAGGAUCCACCACACGUAAUUCUCUGAAGGUGUCCAUGUUGAUCAAAGCGAAGGGCUCAGCAGCAGGCAGCAGGGGAGCUGAUCUGAGCUACAGUCAUCUAGGAUCGACGCUCUCUUUGGCGACUGAGGCUGACAGUGUCAUCUCCGGAGGGGCGGAGUCACAGAGGGCUGGAUCUGUGUGCUCUAUGGAGUCGUUCCCUAUGCUGAGCAGGGCGUCUAGCAGGAACAUGGAGAGGGACUGGGAGAACGGCUCUAUAGCCUCGUCCAUCACGUCAAUGGAGUACAAUGGUCCUAAACUCUUCAAGGAGCCGAGCUCAAAGUCCAACAAGCCAAUCAUCAUCAAUGCCAUCGCUCACUGCUGUCUGGCUGGAAGGGUUAAUGAGGGUCAGAAGAAUGCUGUUCUAGAGGAGCUGGAGAAGUGCGAGUCCAAUCACCUUAUCAUCCUCUUCCGCGACGGUGGGUGCCAGUUCCGCGCCAUUUACUCUUACUCACCCGACACCGAGGAGAUCAUCAAGUUCACAGGCACAGGACCACGCGCCAUCACCCGGAAGAUGAUCGACAAGCUCUACAAAUACAGCUCGGACCGCAAGCAAUUCAACGUCAUCCCUGCCAAGUCUGUGUCCGUCAGCGUGGACGCCCUGACCAUCCACAAUCAGCUCUGGCAGGUCAAGAGACCAGGGAGUGCAAGGAGGAAGUGAGAAAGAGGAGGAGUGAAAGAAAACACUGGUUAUAGUUUGUGUUUUAUCUACUACUGUUGGGCGGGACCCAAUAAUCUCUGAGAUGAUUGACAUGCGAUCAUGUGAAUGACAUGUCAUUAGACAGGUGGAGUUAGAUGUUCUUAUUAAUGGAGAUGUCAGUCUGUGGCAGCGCGAGAACAUGAAACUCCUGCCAGCUGAAUGCUCUAACAUUUUUUUUUGUUUUAUUUUCGUCUUAUUAGCUUUUUAUUCUGCAUGUCACACUUUUAUGUUUUGAUUUGUGGAUACGUCCUACAUUAAUUAGGCACCACUGACGAUGGAUUGAUUCUUAUGUAGCAGUGAAGAGACGGACCCUCGAGUCGAAUACCACUGAGUCUACUUACUACUGAUACCAAGUGCAACUACAGACAGGUAGCGGUGAACAUUAACUCGAUGAUGUCUUGUAAGCUAUUUCAGCUUGGCAAAAAAUACCCUACUGCUGUGAUUAAUCCAGGCUCCACAUACAGAGCCCCUAUUAUUCACCGGUAACUACUACUGGUCAGUGCUUUUCUGAAGAGGGAGCUUUGAGCAAACUUUUUUAUGUGAGUAUGGAAUGGAUGUCAGUGAGUGGUAAUGUCCAGUCUUGUUUUCUAUUUAGUGUGUUUGGGGAAGUGUGUGAGUCUUUGUGUCAGGGAAGGGGAGAGCUGAAUGCCUGUGCAUCCUGCUCUGAAUGUGUUUUCUCACUCUCUUGAUUAUGCUUUAACAACAUCUAUCAUGCAACAGAACAAUGGAGCAAAGCAACAAAACUGUUUUCUUUUUAGUUUUUUGGAAGCUAUGUGUUGCCGUUACAGUGGAAGAGAAAUAAUGUUUUUACAGUUGGGGGAAAUUAUACUAGUAUUUAUUCCAAACAGGAAGCGCUUUUGAGACUCAGUGCAUUAUACCCUUUCAGUAGUGCAUUAUAUUGUAUUAACUUCAUACUUAUAUUCCACCACCCAUAUGAGCCAUCUGAGAUCCCAGAGACUGGCUCAUAUUGCUGAACCAAAAUUAACUGAGCUGUGCCACUGAGCUUUUUGUUGCUCAUUAACUGCUCAAAGGAUUCUGGUGAGAUGUACAAUUUCAAUGUAGCUUCUGGCGCUGAACACUAGUAAUUUCCCUGUAAUGACUGACUGUCAGCAGCUGGUAUAACGUGGGGAGGGGGGAAACUGCACAAUACUUGAUAUUUGUUUGCUGCAUUUUGUACAUUUUUGAGUAGUAUUUUUUGUACAUUACGUACAAGUUAUGUUUACUAAAGAGCAGGCACUAUUUUGAGGUUUAUUCUGUUACAGGCUUUCAGAGAUGUUACGAGUCUUAUUUCAUUGUGUUAUAUUUUAUGUUUAUUUAUUUUAAAGAGAUAUAAUAAAAUGCAACUAGGUAUGUUUUCUGAUGAAA